ACUGGGGACACGCCACUGCACACUGCAUUAAGUUACGGAGCUGUUGAGGCUAUGGAAGGGUUACUAAUCAAAGGUGCCAAGGCCAGUGCGACAAAUAAGGAGGGAAAAAGACCGGAUGACGUGGCAAAGAACGUGGCCAUUAAAGAAAGCCUCCGGAUGUACGCUACCAUGCUGAUUGCAAUGAGUUCUGGAUACAUUAAAGCGAAGGGAAUGAAAAUUUCACACCGCAACGUGUCGCAGCCACUUACAAUAGAACGUGUAGGCGUUAUCAUAGAAAACAUUGACAUUCCUAGAGAAUUUCCGACAGGAUUUUACUGUCGGCGGGAGAAAGUAGAAAACGCAACUGUGACAUUAAAGAAAUACGAGGAGGAGUCUGUUUUCAGUGACGUUUUCCAUAUAAGGAUUUUUGAAACAAACAGAGACUGUAAAACAACAAUGUAUCUCCCCGUGUUUAAAGCGCCAUCUGAGAAAGAACAGCUGGUGAUACAUUUUAUAAACGUAGCAGAGGAAGACAUGGUGGUCGACAACGCUACGGUUAGAAACCAGAUUAAUUACUGCGAAAUGCAGACAGUUUUGAUACCGGAAACAACUGCUGUGUGUGUAGUAAACAUAAGACCAAAGAGAGAAGAUAAAACAAUCACAAACGAGGGAGCGCUUAUUACAUCGGAGAUGGAAAAGGACUUCUCCCUUGAGAUUCCACAAGAUUCGUUUGAGGGAGAAGCCGUUUUAAGUUUGACGGUGUUCGAAACAAACGCAGACGAUUUUGCAGACGAAGAGGAAGGCGUCGUCAAUGAAGCUCCCGAUGACAGUCCAAAAAAGAAGAAGAGUACUGGUAAACGAAAAAAGUCUGUAGUGAGUCAAAAUCCUGUUGAAGAUGAACCGGAUGAACCCAAACUGGAAAGGAAAUCAUCUAUGAGCAGUGUAGCAACAGAUCUGGAUGAUGAGAAAACAACAGAAACAACAACAAAACCAACAAAUCCAAAUCUCUUGACAGACGUUUAUCAGAUAAAUGUUGCAGGGCAACAACCGAAAAAGGGGGUCAAAGUUCAGAUACCUAUUUGUGAAGGUAUGAAUGCAGACGACGAUAUUGCAAUUGUUGCAGCAGACGAGACUAAAUUGAAUGAAGAAGAUGCUCUUGAAGUUCUCCAAACGAAGCCACAAGUUGUCGGUCUAAACUUGAUAUUUGAAGUCUCCCACUUUAGCAUAUAUGUAGCAACAUGGAAGAAGAAAUCGGAAGUCAAAGAACAGAGGCUCGAGCUUCAGCGUCAGAUCUCUAAUGCCCGAGACAAAAGAAAGCCAGCUGCACUAUUUGCACUUAUAAAACAUGUUGAAGAUUUGAAGCACAUUCUCCUCGUGUCGUGUGUCGUGGCUAACAAGAGCAAAGAUUGCCGGAAGAAGUGGAUCGAUACUGAGGGUUACGAGGAACAAAACCCACCGGAAGCAGGACCCAUACAGAUGGCACCGGGUGACACAUAUUGCGUCGCCAUUGAAGGGAACGCUAGCUUGGAAGACAAGGAUGAUGCCACUGAGAGAAAAAUACAAUUCUCACAAUGCCGAUCUAGUUGGCAACCGUAUCACGUAAACCUGCACGAGAAUAUUUAUGAUCCUGACUUGGCGUUUGCUCAUGUCAUAGUUUCCAAAAAGACAGAGACGGGGUUUGAGGAAGCGACCCGGUUGAGGAUUAAACUGAAAGCUCCCCCUAAACCACCUCCUGCGACGCCGGGACCUUUAUCAAAAAGUGACCAAGCACGGAAUUUAGCUAACAAUCUCGGAAAAAUGGCAUCAAAGGCUGGUAAGAAAAAUGAAAAUGAUAAACAACUUGGUUAUUGGUCGAAAGAUCUUGAGGACGCUAAAAGGGCACUUCUACCAAUUAUGCAAAAGGAAGAAAGUAGCGGAAAAGAAGUCAUGCUAAUUGGAAACAAACUGUAUGUAAAUAAAAAGCUGUUUAGGACCUUCAAGGAUGGCAAAGUGUGUAAACCACGUGAAUAAUUUCGGAUCAAUAUUACAAACCACCGUCAAAAGGAGCAGUUGCCCGGAUGUUGGGAUUUUUCGGCAAAAACUGAUGACGUAUCCUGUUAUUGUGAACAAUAUUCGGCCAGUCUCCUUGAUGGCGUAUGAGUUGUAUUUAACUUCUAACCUAUCAUUGCAAAAAAGGGAAAAAAUUGAUUAUUCGAUGAUAUGAACAGUUGCUCGAUUAUUUUUUUCUUUUCGAGAACAUUUUAUUGUGUUAUUUAGCAAAUAAUAAUAAUAAUAAUAAUAAUAAUAAUAAUAAUAAUAAUAAUAAUAAUAAUAAUAAUAAUAAUAAUAAAAUAAUAAAAUCUUUAUGACCGGGUACAUGCAUAUAGUUUUUAUCUUUAAACAAUUGUCAAGUCGAAAGUUGCUGAGCAAACAACAAAACACUUUUAAGACAAUCAUAUUGCCCUUACACGUUCUGAAAACGACAAAGAAAUGCUACUCUGUCUUAGAGAUUUUAAUUUCUUUUUUGAGUGUACAUAUAUAUAUAUUCCAUUGUGGUGUAUUUGUUAAUAUUUUGUCGUUGUGUAUUUGUAUAUAUUUUAGUAUUGGUUUAUAUGUUUGUAUACAUUUAAUUGUAAUGUCGUGCAUGUAUAUAUUUUUAUAUUGGUAAUAUAUAACUUUUUUUGAAAAUGGCGGUAUGCUCUGUCUAUAAUAAUAACAGACAACUAUUAAAUGCAUUUGUGCAGUGUGUCUUCUGUUUAUUUCUGUUUCUAAAAUUUAAGUUGCACCUCCUUGUACGAUAAGUUUACAGAAAAAUAAGGGGAUAAAUCAGUUAAGUAUUUGACCUGGGUUUUUAGUAAUUGCCGUUGAACAUGCUAAGCUUUGCUAAGUGUUCUGCACAAGCCAAGGAGGUAUAAAAAGGAAUGCUCUCGAAAAUAUGACAGACAGAGAGACAGUCGAACGAAGGUUCUUGCCUAUCUUAUGCAAUUAGUUAUUCUCCUUGAUGUCCACUACGCAUGUACGGACUGACAGACGGACAUAUUUCGUUACGACAUACAGUACCCAUUUUCAAAAGUGUGGAACUAAUGAAAGCACAUUAGAAACUGUUUUAUGAGCAUAGAGAACUAUUGUGUACAAUACGAACUGAUGACUGCACAUUAUAAACUGUUGUAUGUUCACAGUGCUAAUUGUUUCUUCUCUGGUUCGUACAUUUAAGUAUUAUAUAAAGAAUUUAAGUAUAAGUAUUUUAAAAUACAAUGAUAAAAAGAAGAAUAAAUUUUUGCAAGUUCAAUAUAUUGUGUUAUUAUGACUCUAUUUCAGUGAUCGGAGCAAAUUGUAAAAUUAUCAAUACUGAUAUUGUAAUUGCCGUCUUUUUUUAAUUUAAAAGUUCUAUAAUUUCCAUCUUUGAUGCUUUUUCAAUACAUGCAUGACAAUAAUCUCAAAUCUCGGUCAAGGCCAUGACAUUGGAUGUUCCAUUUUAAUGAUUACACAUGUCUUGAUCUUUAUAAUCAGUAUACAUAUUAUCAUGUAUUUGUAUCAAUAUAUCUAACCCAAAAAGCUACUACUUUGUUAUAAAAUUUAAGUUUUCUUGUGAAAAUAAAGACUUUUUCAACUGAAGAAAUACAUAAUUCGCUUUCUGUA